UUGGUUCAACUCUUCCAAAUCCGUUUGUUUGCUCUAUUUCUGAAACAUGUCCUCACAGAUGAGCUUGUUCAUCUUCGCCAUCUGUCUUCAGCUCGGCGGAACUCUUCGGCAUGAAGAUAAGGGCCUCAGCGAGGAGUCGUUUCAAGACCCAAAGCCACGUUCUCCUCCAUACGUUACUCGCAAUAAAGGCUUUAGUGUUGCUGACUCCCAGUCAAUCGCCGACGUCAUCCAUGGCUGCUUCAAUGAGAAUAUCACUCAGUUUCAAGACUGCAUCGAGAAAGAGGGCAAAGAGAAGUUUGGUUGGCCGCUCUAUGCCAUUGUCUCAGACCCCCGGAACAGCUUCAUGCUCGCAGGUGAUUGUCAAGCGCGAUACUUCUAUGGUGACUACGGGAAGCAGCAAUACUACAUUUGGGUUGCCGCCACUACUUGCAAGUGAGACUUGGCCCUGCUGUGGUUCCCAACCACAGACAGGUAGCCCUCGAUUUUGAAAAUCACGCGCGGCUGCCAGCUGUGGGUUGGAAGCUGUUGCUUUUAUGAAGUGAUU